GGCACAGUGCUCUCUCGGUUGCUUCCUCCCGCUGCUCUGCAAUGAACGUAAACGUAUAAAGCAAAUCGCAGAUAUGCUUCCAAGCCCAUCACUCUCGCGACUCAUUCGCAAAACUCGUUCUCAUCAUGUAUAUCCCCUUCGUCGCCCCUAAACUCGAUGCCCUCACGCGCCGUAAAGGCGGAGGUGGAGGUGGGAGUCGCGGCGGUGGGAGCUCGGGAGGCAGCAAGGGAGGCGGCUCGUCCUCCAGCGGGGGCAGCAAGGGUGGUGGCUCAUCCUCCGGUAGCGGCAGCAAAGGCGGAGGAUCCACCGGUUCUUCCGGGGGUGGCAGCGCUGGCAAAGGUGGCGGCGUCACUGGGUCCUCGGGUGGUUCUGGAUCUCGCCCGGCACCUCCUCCCGUAACUAUCAAAAGCGGUCCUGCGAGCGGACGGUCGAUGUCUGUGUAUGGCAACGGUGGUGGCAAGGCUGUCUCCAUUCCUUCGGGGCAGAUGUUCUCGGGGCGGAGCGCGGGCGGUGGGACAAGGGCACAGGUUGUUGGGACGAGAUCGUAUGGAAGCGGAUAUCCUGGUGUAUCGGGCCGCGGUGUCACCAGUCGUGGCUUUCCGUUCUGGUUCUGGCCUGUAGUAUGGGGAGGUUCGCUCGGCGCAGGUGGGGAUUACCUCAUUGACCACGAGGCGCUGAUCGAAGACAAGUACGGAGACUCCUUCAACUCCUCCCGUAUGGGCGGGCCGAUGAUGGAAGCCACUUUCCAAUCCAACGACACGAUCACCACCCUACACUUCCUCGCCGACAAUAGCACCGUCACCAGCGUCAUCCCCUUGAUAUUUUCAAACUGUUCUUCCUACCUCAACUCAAACGGCUCGUCGCAGAUGCCGGUCCCAUUCAACUCUAGUGACCCGUUUUCGCCGCAGCCAUACCAGGUUGUGCAGUACUACCGAAGCAGCAGUGCCGUGCUCACGCUGGACGGGUAUAACAACUCUGCAACGCUCAGCAGCGACGAAAAUGCACCAGACACGCCUAUACCUUCCUGGGUAAACGCUACGCUGAUGGACUGUGUAAACCAAACGCUGGUUCAGGCCAUGCCUCUUGUGGACUCUGAGAAUACGGCCCCCACAUACUAUAAUGGGGGCAGCGUCAGGUGGGAUAUGUCCUCGUCGCAAGGGCUGAUGGGACUUGCUCUUGUUGCUUCGUGCCUCGUUUCUCUUUUUUAGACUUUUGACGAAUACUUAACGCUUUAAACACUCCUUCGCGCAAAGACGCAUUAC